AUGCGUCUUUCAACAUGUUUGCUCAUUACCAGCCUCAACGGUGUUCAUGCCUUCUACCCGUGGGAACUGCGGGUGGAAGUCGGUACCGUUGAGCCAAUCCAGCGUCGCUUUAUGCCAUGGAGUUUGAUCGAAGCCAAGAUUGACGACGCCAAUACAAAGCCUCCAACUCUCGACCUGAAGAAACUGCCCGUUCGUCGCGAUGAUACUUACAAGAUCGUCGAGUCUCACACGCCUUCAAUGGCAGACAGUGCUCCACUGAACCAGGAUGGAACUGAUUACUCUUACUUCUCCCCCGUGCUGGUGGGCUCCCAGAAGACUGAAAUGUGGUUGGCACUCGACACUGGUGCGCCCAACACCUGGGUCUUCGAUUCCGAAUGUACCGAGGAGGUCUGCACACAGCAUCACACUUUCGACCGAUCUGCCUCGAGCAGUUAUGUCUCCAACAGCUCGACAUUUAGUCUCGGAUAUGGCAGUGGCACCGUCCUUGGACAACUUGGAACAGACACUCUUUCAAUUGCAGGCAUUGAAGUCUCGUUGGAAUUCGGCCAGGCAAACAAUGCCUCAGACACUUUCAAGAGCUACCCAUUCGAUGGCAUUCUGGGUCUAGGUCGCUCACACACAUCUGGAUGGAAUAUCCCAUCGUUCAUGGAUCGUGUUGCUGAAGGCAAACACCUCAAGAAUAACUUUAUCGGGUUUAGUCUGUCCCGCGCAGCAGAUGGUGACAAGGACGGAGAGGUCAACUUUGGCGGUCUCGAUACAACCAAAUACGACGGAGAUAUCCAGUACACUGCCACUGAUUCUGAUAUCUGGAACAUUCCCUUGGAUGACGCCUACGUGAAUGGCAAGGCUUGCAACCUUUCCGGCAAAUCUGCUACAAUCGACACCGGAACCACCUACAUUUUGAUUCCCCCUGAUGAUGCAGCAGUCGUUUUUGGUCUUAUCCCCGGCUCAUCUGCAUCUGACAGCAACCACAUCAUCCCAUGUAGCACAAACGUGACGCUGGAGUUUGAGUUCUCGGGUGUCAAAUAUUCCAUCUUACCCGAAGACUAUGUUGGAAAUCCAACAAAGCCCGGUUCAGAGUCUUGCAUUUCGACCAUUGUGAGCUAUGCAUCCAAUGGAGCCAACACCUGGCUUGUCGGCGAUGUGUUCCUGAAGAACGUCUACACCGUUUUCGAUUAUGACAAUGCGCAAAUCGGCUUCGGGUCCCUUGCCUCUGGUUCAACCGAGGGCAAUGGGACAUCCACAGCACCCCCAACCUCACCUACCGCAGCGGCUGCUGCUUCCAGUGCUAGUCAAGCUGCAGCAGAGUCUACCGCAUCCACCGCCGCGACAUCCACGGUGUCCGGCAGCUCUGCAACACAACUCAACCGUGGCAUUAGCUGGUCUAUAUUCACAAUCAUCCUCAGCGCUUUCUUCGUCUGA